AUGUCGAAAAUGAAUUCGAAAGAUAAAGACAACAAAACGUUGCACGAUAAACUCAAGCAAUUUUUUCGCAUAAAUAAAGGAAGUUACAAGAGUCGCGAAGAAUUCACUUUGACUUAUGAUAUCGAAAAAGAAAUUAGUCCAGACAGUCCAGUGCAUCAUCGUACGAAAGCGAUUAAAGAGCUUCGUGAUGCAGUGCUUAAUCAACAGUGGGAAGAUAGAGCGGCUGAACGUUUGUGGAAUUUAGUUCAAGACUUACUAGGAAAGGAUGUUCCUCGCGAACAUAGGCAUUUAACCUUGAAUUUUUUAAAAUGCCUUGUACAAGGACAAUAUUCUAAACUUUCAUCAUUGAUGCGUGUAAAAUUUUUCAUGGUGGUAAAGGAAUACGAUAUUCCUGAAGAUAUUGGUCCUAGAUUGGAAUUGUUACAAACAUUAACAGAACAUGGAAAAGAUAUUUUACAUUUAGAAGAAAGAAUGGGUCCUUUCCUGUUAGAAUGGAUGCCUACAGUAACAGCAGGAGAUGGGAAAAGAGGAGCUGAAUUUUUGUCUCUUCUUGUUAAUGUUAUCAAAUUCAACUCUGCUUACAUCGAUGAGGAUAUUAUAUCUGGUCUCGUCCAAUAUAUUUCUCAUUUGUGUUAUUAUAGUAAUAAUACCGAAGUUGUUUCUGGAUGUUUGGAAGCUCUUGAUGCUAUUAUGUGUUAUAGUAAUUUACAAUCUGACUCAUUGCAAACUUUUAUUAUAGCCUUGUGCAGAAGUGUAAAUGUUGAGACUUAUUGCCAAACAAGUUGGAAGAUUAUGCGAAAUUUAUUAGGAACACAUAUGGGUCAUUGUGCUUUGUAUACAAUGUGCCGCUUGUUACAAGAUACUAACUUUCAACGUGACGUUCGUCUAUUACGAGGUGCAGUGUUUUAUGUAAAUAUGGGUUUGUGGGGUACGCAUAGAAUACCAAAAUUAGAAUGUACGCCAGCAUCUGUUUUACCUUCGUUCUAUCAAGCUCUACAAUGCAAUCAUCCAAUUGUUAUGUAUGAGGUCACCCUAUCAAUACAAAGAUUGGUGAAUAAAUAUGGUAAUGAAUUAUGGGAUCCUACAUGGAGCAUCAUUCUUGAUAUCAUAGAAGAAAUUAUUACUCACACUGAAACUAGUAAUCAGCCAGCAACCAAACAGGUUUCUAUGAGUUUACAUGAGACGAUGACUAAUAUUGAAAGUUUACUUGAUGCAAACAAUUAUAACGGUUGCAUACAACGUUUUUAUGAUCUUAUUGAACGUUGUAGCGAUUCUCGACCUGAAGGAUCUGUAUUAAAAUUAAUUGAAUACAGAGCUUCUGUGAUAGGUCCUACAUAUUAUCAAUGGCAGACCAAAUUAGGAUCUUUGAUGGAACGUUACUAUAAAAUUGAAACACGUACAACCAUUAGAAUGAAGGUUCUGGAUGUUCUAACUAAUGUCAUUUAUGUUAAUAGGUCCAGAUAUGAAGAUGAGCUUAUUGAGCGAAUAGUUGUACCAUACACACAACACGUGGAUAUAGAUCCAGAUAUUACAAUUCGUACCGUCACAGCAAAUUUACUAAUAGAUCUUUGUUUGGAAUGUGAUACUAAGCGAUGCAUAGAACUUUUAGACAUACUGGAAAAGAUAAUCAACAAGCCUUUCAUAUCAGACACUCCAAUAUCUAUGGAUGCCGAUAUUAAAGAUGUAAAAACUGCUGUUGUUGGAGUUAUAAAGAUAUUUACUUCUAAAAUUUAUCGCUUACCAUCGAGUCACGCAAUUUGUGCUUACAAAAUUUUAGUGAAUCAUCUUGAGCAACAUUACAAAGACCCCUCAGUCUUCCAUGAUGUAUCAACAACACGUUAUUUGAUUUUUGAGUGUUUUUUAAAAAUCAGAGCAAAUUCUUUGCAUCAUCUUGGUAUAUUAGAUACAUCAAAUGCUACUGUAACACGAUUUAGUCCAUAUCUUGUUUUGGAACAUGGUACAAGUGAACGUAUGAACAAUGCAGGUGGUGGCAACAGUCCUCCACCUGCAAGUCCAGUGCCAUUGCAACAUUUAUCUUGUCAUAUUACUUCGAUAUCUUUGACUCAUGGGUGUAAAACUAUUAUUUCUUGUAUCAAACAAGAAAAAGAUUGGAAAGUUUUAUAUCUCGUAUUAAAAGAAUUACCUCAAGUAAUGCAGAAUAGAGCACUGGUGUUAUCUCGUCAUAGUAAUGAUAUUGACUUUUUUGCAGCAGCUUUGUGUUCAAUGGUGAGUGACAAGAGUUUGCGUCUCCCUGAGUCACUUUAUAAUGUUCCACCUAAAUUUACUCUUUCCGAAUUUCGAGUCUACGUUUUUCCAGUACUUGCAUCUCUAGCAUCAUAUCAUGCACAUUUGGAACCUUAUUUACAACAAAGUUUAAUAAAAUGUCUAGAGGUUGGUCUCACAGCAAAGUGCGCAAGCCAGUGUGUAACCAGUCUCACAAUUUGCACAUUAGAAAUGCGUGAUGCAAUGAAUAAACUUUUGUCUGAAGUGCUUUUAAAUUUAUCAAAAAUUUCUGCGACAGUCUAUAUUGCUAUACCUAUUAUAGAAUUCUUAUCAACUCUAACUAGACUUCCGAAAGUUUUUGCUAGCUUUAUUGGAGAUCAAUAUAUGUCUGUAUUUGCAAUACUGUUGCCGUACACCAAUCCUUUCAAGUAUAAUCAUUAUACCGUAUCUCUGGCUUAUCAUGUAAUUGCUGUAUGGUUUUUGAAAUGCAGACUUCCUUUUCGGAGAGAAUUUGUUAAAUUUAUUACUACAGGAUUGAAGGCAAAUGUGAUAAUUCCUCUUGAAGAAGGACAUCUAAUGAAAUCUGAUUUUAGUGUCAUUAACGAAGAUUCUUCAAACAGAAAACGUAGUUCUAGUCUGACUGAACAAGGUAGUAGAGGUCGAAGAGAAAGACCCAUAAUGGCUAAUCGAAUGAUAGGAGAAAGUAGAGCUUUAGACUUAAAACCUCCAAUGGAUGAAGGUCUAAUGAAUUUUCAUAUUGAGCUUAUUGAAACUUGUAUUGAUUUAAUGGCUCGUUAUACAUUUUCAAAUUAUUCAGCACGGCCUAAAAGGUUACCAGCUGCUGAUUUUCUCCUGAAAGAAGGCCAGUCAAUGACUUGGAUUCUUGGUAAUAGACUUAUCACUGUAACGACAAGUGGUUGUAGUAAUAAAGCUAUGCGUGGUGGACUUUGUGACAAUUGUUGGGCAGCAUGUAAACCUGGCUUUCUGUUACUCGAUCACACAAAAACCUCUCACUCAAUCUUACAGCGUACUUCAAGUAUUGAGACAUCGAAAGAAGAUAAAUUAUCUAGACAAUCUUCUGGUGGUCAUGGGAGUUCAAAUGCAAAUACUGCUACAAAUUCUCCUACGGAAGAAUCUAAAAAAUCUACAGAAGAAUCUGAUAGUACGAAAAAGGAAUUUCUUAUGGAGAAAACUGACAAGGAUCAAAUUGAAACAUCAAAAUUAGGACAAAUAUUAAAUAAUGAUAAACAAGAUGGACAUAUAUUGUGUGCUUGUUGGUGUCAAGGAUGGGCUGAAAUAUAUGUUCGUAGACCUACAGGCGAUAUGUCAUGGAUUAUGAGAAUCCAGAAUUCAACACAAUUUGAAACUCCUAUGGAUUUUCCUGUACAUGACAUUAUGGCUUUGUAUAUGCCAAAUCAAGAUACAGUACAAAAUAAACAACAGGAGGCUGCUUCAGAAUUCUCAGAUGAUGAAACAGAGGAUGUGCCAAACAAAAAUAAUAAUCAGAUACAAAAUGAACAUGUGAAACCAGUAAUUUCGUCUAUAGUAUCAGGUCCAAUUGCAAUACCUGGUUCGCCAGCUCGGCCUAGUCCAUCUCGGCAAAGUUCAAGAGACAGUUUAGAAAGUUUAGAAGAAGGUGAAGAAGAUACGCGACGUUCUAGAAAUCCAGUACGCCGAUCAAAUUCAAGUCCAGAAAUGAGCGCUAAUUGGAAAAAUCCAUUUUUAAAUAAAGAAAAACUAAAUGUGCAACAACAACAAAUUGAUAAAGAUUUUACUUGCUCAGAGCUAGAGAUUAAAUUGGAUGCGGAAUUGAAGAAGCAUUCAAAAAAUAUUUAUACAAAAGACAUGAGAGUUAGUUGCGAAGCUAUACCAGAAGAAAUAUUUGGUAUGGGAACAACCCCACCUUCUUCAGAAAAUACUGGAGAUCAUCCAACUACAUUACGUUCGCAACGUUCUUAUCCAGGAGCAACACAAAUUACUCAAACUAUUUCAACAACUAGUAAUACCGUACCACCAUCUCCUACAACUGUACAGGCACCAGGAAGUUAUUUAGGAAUACAAACACGUUCUGCACAAAUACAAUCAUCUACCACAAAAGCACCGCAAUCACCUACUCAAAUUUAUUCUCGAUUAUCUAGUCUCGAUUAUAAUCAGAAGCAAACUCCAUUAACUGUUGAAAGUAAACCACCCAUUGGGCGGACUCAUAUUGUAGAUAAGCAGAAAGAUGAAAGGCCAGAUCCAUCUACAUUGCCUCCUUUACCUUUACCUUUUCGCGACAGAGGUCACACAAUCUCUGUUAUGAGCCCAGCUAAAAAAUCACGAGACUGGGAUAACAUACGACGAGGCAAUUCUCCUCGAGUAAAAGAACCGCCGCGAACAGGCAUUAAUCCAAGUUUUGUAUUCCUUCAACUUUACCAUGCAGCGCAUUUUGGCACUACCACAGAAAAGCCUUUAAUGGUUCCACAGACAACAGCCAUACAACGCGCAGUUACGAACCUAGAUAGAAUACAGCCGUAUGAAACUCACAAAAUUGGAGUACUUUAUGUCGGCCUGGGUCAAGCUUCAAAUGAAAUUGAAAUUUUAGCAAAUCAACAUGGUUCGCUUCGUUAUACUGAAUUUUUGAAACGUUUAGGUACAUUAGUUCGACUAAAAGAUGUCGACGAAAAUAUAUUUUUGGGUGGAUUAGAUCGUAAUGGUGAGAAUGGAGAGUUUGCUUAUAUUUGGCAAGAUGACGUUACACAGGUAGCUUUUCAUGUUGCAACAUUAAUGCCUACAAAAGCAAGUGACCCAAAGUGUACAUCUAAAAAAACACAUAUUGGGAAUAAUUAUGUAACACUUGUAUACAAUGAAUCUGAUGAACCAUAUAAUAUACAGACAGUUAAAGGUCAAUUUAAUUAUGCCUGUGUUGUGAUACAACCUUUAGAUCAUGGUACUAAUCAAGUUACAGUACAAGCACGAGAAGAAUUGGCUGAGCAUAUUGGUCACAGCGAGCCUAAAAUUAUUUCUGAUCAAAAUUUGGCUAUUCUUUCACGGCAACUUGCUUUGCAUGCUAAUCUAGCCUCAAUGGUUUGUUCGUCUUUGAAGCAAAAUAGUCAUAAUCCAUAUGCUUCCAAUUGGUUGGAGCGCUUACGUCACAUCAAGCGUUUAAGAAGCAGAGUAUUGCAAGAAUACAUCAAUAAUAAUCCGGAGACUGCUACAGACGAAUUAUCACCAAGAACCAACAAACGAGUGUAUAUGGACGACUUCACGGAAUAUACAACAUAGUUAUUUGUAUCAUUUAUAGAAUAACACUAUGAUAAAAAUAUUAACGAAUGGAAAUGUUUACAUAUUAGAUCAAAUUAAUGCAUUAAACAAAUAAAUGUGCAUUAAUUGUUGUCAGAGUAUUUUAAAA